AUGGCGCCCGCAGCUGCAAAAAUUGAUUUCGACGUCGAGGUAGAUCCUGGUUCGACGCCAUACUUCGGAACACUGAUAAUCAAGAAUCUUCGCCAGAACGGCCAUGACAAGGUGACCAUCCAGGGGUUCCUCGGCGUCGUCUUCAAGUCGCCCGAGGUCACCGCGGCAAUCCAAGUCAACCCGGAGAAUCUCCAUGAAUGGGGUCGUUACCAGGGACAAGAUUUGUUUACAGAGUCUAUUGAAGCCGGGGCAAUUUACGUCAUGGCUAAACUCAACUUUGCCGGCCCCUAUACCUUCGAGGCCGUCGAGAGAUUCCGCUGGCAAAUCAAUGGCAACCUCACAGAGGACCCGGAGCGCUGGAAAAAGUCGUUUGAGGUCUACGCAGACCGCUUGCCGAGCGGCACCAUCAGCGUCGAGUGCGCGGCUGCCCCGGAGAGUCAUCUUACCGACGUCCAACAGGUGCUGCGCCUGCAGACGGACAGUUCGGCGAUUGUGCUCCGUGUGCCUCCGGGGAAGACGACGCUUUGCAAAGUGCCAGCCAUCGGGUACCGCGUCGUCCCAGACAAGCUCGUCAAUCCGCUCGAGACGGUCGUCGCCGAGGUCAACGCUUGGCCGAAUCAGCUCGUGGUGCAGAAGGAUGAGACGGUGUCCACCACGGUCACGUACGGACAGGUCGUGCACUAUCUCGCCGUCGAUGUCAAGGUGGACCGCAUCCAGGCCGUCUCCACGGACGAAUUUUACAUCAAGGUGACUAAGUCUGGCACGGACAAGACGCUCGGCGACACGUUCAGCACCAGCGGCCACACGGCUAAGCUACGUCGGUUGCCAUGGUACAUAGCCACUAAGAAGGAGGUGGUUCCCCAAGAUGAUUUUGUGGACGUGUCUAUUGCCAAGGCCGACAUUAAAGAAGAGCAAGUCCCAGGGCCAUUCGUGCACCUGAAUGUUGAGGUGAAGGGAGGUUCCGGGCUGGACCGGGCCAUGGCAGUGCACCUCUUGAAGACGACGGCGCAUGCCGAGAAUACCGUGUACAAAGGCUCCGUCAGGACCAAGCCCGGAAGCACCUCGUUUCCGCUCGUGACGCCGGGCGAGUACACGGUCCGGGCCGUCGGCUUCGUUGACAAGUGGGUCGUCUACGCCGUCUUUACGGAUCCGACGCUCGAGGUCAAACCGGACGGCACCUCGAAGCUAAGCCUGAGCUUACUAGCCGGGGCCAACCUCAAGGUCCGCGGCUUCCCGGGCUUCCUAAGCUUUGGCGGAAUCACCAACCUUAUCAACCGCACCGGGCAGGACUUUAUAAACGCCCGCGCCGCGUCGCUCUUCAAAUACGCAGGUAUUGACGGCGGCGGCGACCCCGAUACGCAUCUACCAGAUGAUCCGGCCACCACGAUAACCAUCAAGCUCGCCAAGCAGCAUGGGAAGCCCCCCGUGCCUGCAGGCUAUAUCAUUAACCCAGACUUUCUCAGUGAGUGCCAGGCGCACAACCUGUGUGCGGGACACGUUAUGCCGGUCAAGGAGCCGCUCAAAAAGGCGCUCAAGUACCGACGGCUAUUAGAUGAUAUUCCCGAAACCAUCGACGACAGCCUCGGCGGCUACGUGCUUGCCGUUAACUGGCUAAUACGUACCGUGGCACCAGAGGUGACGUUUGGGUGGCAGGUCAACCUCUGGGGCGGCGGCAAGGGCCCAGCAUGGACCUACGGGGAGCAGAGCCCGGCCGUGCCCGCGAAGCAGACGGCCGAUUACGUUAACAGCCUUAACGUAUUUAAUGCUCAUUACCGGCCCGACUUCCUGGCCGUUGAUCGCUAUGAAGCUGACGACUUCACCGAGCGCGGCUAUGGCAAGGAGUAUUGCUACGGCCCUUACGAGUGGCGCCGCUUCUUUGACUUUUGCGCGGCCCUCAGCCUCGACCUAAAGGUGCCAGUCGUGCCGUGGCAGAUUCCUGCGAGCCGCAUACCCUUGGUCACCGAUCAUGUUGAAGACCUCGAGAAGGAGCACUGGGGCACAGGCGGGAGCUAUAUCCUCGGCGAUGCCGGCGUCGGUUCCGAAAUCGACAACAUCAACCGCAAGAUCCUGGACAUUGAGUUCUCGCCCCUGCCUUCUGUGAGGACCGUCAGAGACCUCUUUAAACGCGGCGAGCCCUUUGACCUGACGCAGCCGGCUUACAUGGACUUGCCACUGCGCGGCAUCCCUGGCGUGCUGCUUGGCGGGGGCCAAACGACGGGCAUCGUCGAUACUAUUGGCAUGACGGGGCCGUGGACGCAGAAAAAGCUGAGGGAAUAUCGGCCCCAUGCGUUGUCCCUUGAGAACAGCAUCGACCCCGAGGCUAACGGGCCUAAGAAUGAUGUUGAUAUGGAAGAAUGA